AUGGAGCCUCUAUUCACUGGCGUUUCCAACAACGCCCACCACCUCUACACUCUUCUCUCUUGCAUUGGCUUUGCCUCCAAAGCCACCGUUCAAAUCACACCUGACGGCCUUCGAUUCUCUGCCGAAGAGGGCCGCGUCAUACAAGGACUUGCUUUCCUCGACAAAUCGCUUUUCACCAGCUACACGUUCAAUGCCGCACCAAACCCCGUCAAUCAACAACCAGAGGCGCCUGACAAUGAAGAUUCCGACGAAACAAACUAUCCGCACUUUGUCGUUUCCCUGGCCGCUCUCCUCGAAACGCUCAAGAUCUUCGGCAUCAAUGACCUCAGCGAGCCUUCUCGGGGGGGACACCAGUCUUCCGCAGACAAACCCUGCCUCGAACGUAUUCUCCGCGCCGGCACUACUGAUGGACCGUUCUUCAUCGCAAUCGACGAAGCGGGUGUUAAAACAACCUGUGAGCUUGUCACCUACGAGCCCGAGGACGAUGAAUCCGACAUUCCACUCCAGCGAGACGCCAUCAUUAUGAAGAUCAUAAUGCGUUCUGCCUGGCUACACAAUGCUUUUGCAGAACUCGACUCCUCAACACCUACAAUUCUCAAAUUGUCUGCAUCCGCAAAGCAUACUCCGUACUUUGCACUCUCCGGCGCGGGCGGACCCUACAGCGAAUCUACCGUCGAAUUCUCCGUUGACCAGGGCAACGAAGCAACGGGCCAAGACCAAGAUGGCCUGUCAACACAGAGACAUAAGGUACUAGCAGAUGAUGGAUCCUCACGAGCGCGCUCAACAAGAGCAAAGCUUGCCCCGACAGUCACAGAGACAUUUCUCGUGACGCCACCUUCGUCGAUGGGUGAGCGAAUCCAACAGAGCUACCGGUUUUGGUUGAUUCGCAAAGCAGCGAGGGCGAUGUCUGUUGCGAAUAAGGUCAGUAUUCGUGGGGAUCGACAGGGUGUGUUGAGUCUACAGUUUAUGGUUGAGCUGGAUGAAAAUCAGCAAGCGACUGGACGUUCUAUAGGAGCCGGAGUGAGGGCAGCAGGUCCGGUGUGCUUUGUUGAUUUUCGAUUUGUGCCAUUGCUCGAUGAAGAGCUUGAGGAGGCUGAGAUGGAGAUUUUAGCUGAUGAAUAG